CCUUGCUUUCCUUGCUCCGCCCGACACAAAUGCCUCUCCCUUCGCCGUCCGUACGUCUUCUCCGUCUCCCUCUCUCUUGGGCGCAGAGCUUCUUCAUUCCUGUUAUCUGGGUUUCUAAAGAAAAGAAAAGGCUGUUCUCCGUCACUCCCCCUAACCCUCUCUAUCUCUCCCCCCGCGGCAUCUCUUGUUGAACCCACCACUCCCUGCAUUCAUUCUUGGAGCUUAGAAGAUCCAAUCUCUGCGGUUUUCUUGGUUAUCAACCAUCUCGGCAAUGGAGCUCUCUCGAGAAAGAUCGUUCACAGAAUACAUGCAGUCCAAGCUCCUCGACUGCGAGCAAGCCCGUGCUGGCCUCGAAAAUGAACUCUCUGCCCUGGAGGAACGCUGGCAGCCGAAAGGCCUGCACAUGGAACAUCGCGAGGCUGAAGUGAGGGUGAUCAACGAGGCAUUGAAGGAAUGCAUCCAGGAGCAGCAUGAUGUAGGAUACGCCUGUGACAUGCUUGAGAAUGAAAUGAAAAGAUUAGAACACCGCUGCGCUGACCUGGAGAUGUACAACAAAGAUUCUGAAGAACAGAUUAAAGAAUACACUGCUACGAUUGAACAGAUUCAAAAGGACAAUGAGAAAAUCGGUCUCUCUCUUUGUCAUGCCGAAGAGAAGAUCAAGGAACUCUGUGAGAUGAACAGUAGCAUGUUGUUCAAGUUAAGUGGACGAGAAUACCACCAGGGAGCUGGGAGUAUGCACUCCGCGAGUUCUUCUGCUCAUGGAAAGUAAAUGAAGUGGACAGUUCGUAUAACAGGAACAACAAGAAUCAUCUUCACCUCCGUGACAGACCUGAAGUAGCAUGUGUUUUUUACUAAGGAUGCAACUGGCGCAUUUUGUAAAAAGCAUUAGGAGGAACUCAACAUGAAAAAUCAGUCUAACUGAUGAUGAAUUCAUACCACUACCUUCAUAUUUUAGUAUCUAAUAGUAAUUCUGUUGAAGAAAAAUUAAUGAGAAUUACUAUCAUUUUGCUCAUUACACAAUUCUUGUGGACUUUCUGUCCUCCAUAACAGAGUGCCUUUUUCUUUUUCAUGUUGUUUGGUUUGAUAUAAUUCAUUAGGGUUCCCGCUUCAAGUUUCAAUCUACGCUUCUUUAUGGUUGCUAAGUUGCAACAUGACAGCUCCAACUUUAAUCCUUGAACGGUGCACUAUGACCUGUUUUGGUGUUU